AUGCGUUUGUCCAAAAUUACCCAUCACAUAGGAUUUAAAAAUGGCGCACAAAAGUUCGAACAACAACAGCAAAUUGAACACACAGCGAAAACUCAAGCGACGGCUGGCGGCAAGCGAUUCAGUGGCAGUCAUAGCAUCUACAGCAACAGUAAUUGUGGAAGCGCACGCGGCAGUGGCAGUGGCAGCGGGAGUGGUGCCAGCGGUGGUGCUGCCACCAACAAUCGCGGCAGCAUCGGAAACGGUAGUUGUGUGUCGUCGUCGACGACCUCAGCUUCAGCAGCAGCAUCAACCAAGAAGCGCAAAUCAAAGCCGACAAAGUGUUUUAGUAGCACAGUGUUUCGCUGUUGUAUACCUUGUCGCGGGGGCGGCUCAGCAGCCCCCGCCACAAGUCCGCCCCAUUCGUCCACAUCGCCUGUGGAUGAUGUGAACAACGGCACGACCAUUACCUCAAUUGCAGCUCAGAAGAAGUGCACAAAAGCAGCAUACGAUAAAAAAAGAGACGGUACCGCCAUUAGCGCGCCCCGUGCCGAACUUGAACCUGACGUAGACGCUGAUAUCGACGCCGAAGUAGCCGCCGUAGCAGCAAACGGUAAAAGACAUUCACUUGCCGACACGAUUGCCACAUCGGCAACUACACCCAUAUCAUUGAAGACGCUCAUAAACGAUAGUGAGGAAGAACUUGAGCAGCCACAGUUAAGCGUUGCUGAUAUCGCAGCUGCCACACUUGCCACUGGUAUUGUGGCACGUAAAGCCGAACCGGAAACUUUGAGUGACGCAAGUGUCUCACCGACCGCAGCUAUACAGCAGCUGCCAUUUGUCGGAGCCCGUUUGAACGCCGCGCUCGGCACACCAGCAAGCGGCAGCAGCGCGCUUAGUGUAGGCGUGCCGGCAGUGACUACCUUUGCCACUGCCAUUGGCCAAACGACCACCGCAGCAACGUUGCAGCAACAACAACAAGUAACGCCGCCACCACCACCCGCCGCACAAUCAGCGCCGCGUGUCUCGCAAUCGCAAACCUCGCCACUACCGCAUAUUAAAGAAGAAGAAGAGUCCGAGCAUAGCAGCAACCGCCAGCAAUACUCACCGCCCGCCGACGCAGAGCAGAGUGCUGUCGGCACAUUAAACACAGUCAGUGAUAGCAGUGAAAGUACACACGCGCCAGCAUCGACAAAUACUUCGGUUUCGGCGCCAACUAGCGGCGGGGCUGGUGGCAGCAGCGCUUUUCAUUGCCAUCAAGAAUUAGUCACACCAAGCGCUUCAACUCCUUCGCCGCGUAUAAAACUCAAAUUUCGUAAGCAACACAAAUCGGGUUGGUCUCGUUCAGUUUUUGCGUCCAGUAGUGCUACCGGUAGUGGCGCUGGUGGUGGGGGAAGUAGCGGCGGCGGAGGCGGUGGUAGCAGUAGUGGUGGGGGUGGUGGCAGCGGUAGCGGAGGUGCUACCUCAAACGAGACUCUCGCGUCUAACGGCAGCAACACCAAUACAGCAACCAGCGCCAGCAGCAGCGGGCUACAUCGGAUCUCAUUGUCAUCGGUACCCCACGUGUCCAGUUCACAGCUCCUACCAGCCACCAAGAUGCAGGCCGAACAGGGCUCCAUUGGUGAUCUGCAGAAAUACCACAGUAGAUAUUUGAAGAAUCGACGGCACACUCUAGCAAAUGUUCGAUCUCGUUAA